AUGGCUGGACGAGGACGCGGACGUGCGAAUACGCUGCCAGCAUGGAUGACCAAGCAAGGCGUGACCGCUCCUCCUCCUGAACCUACGGCGGAAUCACGCCCAACAAAUUCUUCUCAAGGACCAACUGUGCACAAUGGACAAUUUGAGGACGCUCCUGAGCCUGCAGCGCGCGGAUCAGUGACUCGCAACGAUACGGGCGGGUCUUCAAGUGGCAAGCGGCGCUCGCGCUCUCGAGAUUGGGGAAAUGAUCGGAAUAUUGAUUCCAGAGAUCCACCUCCAAUGCAAGAUAGACAUCGUUUGCGCUCCCGGGAACGCGGCUACAGCCGCAGCGGAAACGUCAGAAGUCCACAGGACCGACCGAGGUCGCGGUCUCGAGAUAAUGGACGAGAUCGUGGUAUCAAUCGUGAACAAGAUCGGCGUUGGGAAGAACGGAAUCGACGAUCUCGCUCGCGGUCUCGCGAACGUCGUGACUACCGGAGAGACAACCGACGAGGGGGCGAUGAUCGCUACGAAGAUCGAGGGUAUGGGUACCGUCGGACUGAAGGACGACCAGUGAACAGGGAGGAAGAAGCCAUGGAGCGUGGCUACCGACGCACUGUGCCUAAUGGACAUGAUGACCGCACGUCCCGGAGAUAUGCGUCGGACUAUAAGCCGUAG